CUUGGACCAACCCCGAUCGGCACAUCCGCAGGCCAAUCGUUGCCACAAUCCGGAAAACCCUCCCAUUCAUACAGCCAUUUAGUCAGCUAUUGCUGCUGUGUUGUUGUCUUCCUUCGUCAUUGUUCUUAUACUAACUUAUAACCUCUUCUCUGUCUUCAAGAAACAGCUCCGACCUGCUAAACGCACCUCGCGAAUCCCCGAUUGAUCCUAUUGUUCAAUCAUCCCGAGCAGCUUUCACUCCGACGCACACCACUUCACACCUCCGGAGCACCUCCCUCGAGCAUUCUCACCUCCGAACAGGAGUCGCUUUCUCCCGUUCAACAAAACGGUCAAACAUGGGUGGCUCAUUAUCACGUCUAUGGUCCUUCCUCUGGACGAAGAAGGAAAUCCGUAUUCUUAUCCUAGGUCUCGACAAUGCUGGGAAGACUACACUGCUUUACAGAAUGAAGAUCGGCGAAGUCGUCACUACGAUACCUACUAUCGGUUUCAACGUUGAAUCGGUCACAUAUAGAAAUCUGAACUUCAAUGUCUGGGAUCUCGGAGGCCAGACAUCUAUCCGACCAUACUGGCGAUGCUACUAUGCUAAUACUGCUGCGGUUAUCUUCGUAAUCGACUCUACGGAUAUUGAGCGACUGAGCACAGCUGCAGACGAGCUGCAAGCCAUGUUGAACGAAGAGGAGCUCCACGAUGCCGCCCUGCUUGUAUUCGCUAACAAGCAGGACCAGCCUGGCGCUAAAGGAGCCGGAGAGAUCUCGGAGGCUCUGAAACUGGGCGAGCUAAGAGAUAGAAAUUGGAGUAUUGUGGCAUGUUCAGCUAUUGAUGGCAAGGGCCUCAACGAAGGCAUGGAUUGGUUGGUGCAAACUCUUCAAUCAGAAAACGCAUAAGCGCUGGCGUCAAUGUGUCAUGCAAUAGAUCUUCUUUCGUUUUGGUAUGUCUCCUCGACCAUGCAUGAGAGGGCCCCUUUCGAUACGCGUCUGCAAGGCUCGCCCUUUCGGUUCUUUUUCUUUUUCGAUUAUUCAAACACUCUGUUGGGGAGACGGAGCUUAUGUCUUUAUACUGUAUACCUUUCUUAUCUUCUUUAAACCUAAACUUUCGAAGAUUUAUCAUAAUAUCUUAAUUGAUGUUGCGGUGAUAUCUGUCGUGUUAUCGCAAGACCGUGCAUCACCCGGAUCGGCAA